AUGGAUCAAGUGCCUCCUUGGCAACGCAUAGCCGAAGGUUAUGAGAGCCCGACGGAAGAGCCAUACGCAGAGUUUGAAUGGGUCAGUUCUCCUACGUCUCGUCGACAUCUCGCUCGUAAUUCAUCCCAAACGAUUGUAUGGCCACCAGCAACAGCGACAACUUCUGUCGUCGGCGCUUUUCAGCACACAGAUCCACCGCAAGGCAAUCGUCGCUCGGGACCUGCUACAACAAAGUCAAUCAAAGCAGAGCCACCGCCCAACGCUCCUCGUGGACCCAGAAACAACAUUCCUUCUCAAGCACCUCGAUUCCCUCGCAUACACCCAGACAGUCCAAAGGGCCCGUUUCGAAACUUUCGAAAAUGCCCGGUGCCUUGUGGAGAUGCGCCUCUUGGUCCGUCAUCCCGACCAUCAUCAAUGCAGCCACAAAGAUUUGCAGACUUCCGCGCAUCUAGCACUACUUCGUCAUCUGUUUCGAGUUCAUGGGACCCUCCUGAACUGGUACAUCCAUCGCGGAGACCUCUUGUCGACAGCACCGGCCCCCUCAAUGCUGCAGCUCGGGAUCAGUCGUCCGCUCGGACUUUCGAUAAUCCGGAACGUGCACACCUUUCUCCUGAAUCAAAUCGAUACAGCGGAACGCCUUCACAACAUGAAGCUGGACAGGCCAAAUCGCCAUACUCGCCAACUCCUGGCCCGUCUUCAUAUGGCCCUCGCCAAUCCGCCAAGCCUACCACCAAUAUCAGAUCUCCGAGCAAAGAGGGUACUAAGACUCCAGGGCCACUUGAUGGCAAGAAGGGGAUGGCCUCAGCCGAACUUGGUACGCCUCGUUUGUAUUCCACCUACAAGGACCUGCCUUCGACUUCAGCGCAGGAACCUGUGGCCCUACAACUUUCGAAAGCAGCAGGAAAGCAGCCGGUGAGAUCUGCAUCAAGCUCUGUAGCUGCCUCUACGCCAGCUGCAUCGCAAACUCAUUCUAUAAAUGAAAGCCAAGUAUAUCCCUGCCAUCUCUGCGGUGUCUGCUCUAAGUGGCACCGGGGUGGUGAUUGUCGUUACUGCGAGAAGUGCAACUCGUGGCAUUGGGCGGAUUGUCGUGAGUGUACAAGAUGCAAUACAUGGCAUGUCGGCCCUUGUAAAGUCUGCACAACAUGUGGGAAGAGACACGGAGGUGUGUGUCCCUCCUCCAAACCAUCACCAGAAUCACAGCUAUCCAGCAGCGGUCCUGGCGAGAGAGUUACUUCUUCCGCCACAGAAUCAUUGGAGCCCAGGAAGAAGACGACGCCGCUACCAGAUAUUGCCGCAACACGAGUCGAAACACCACUAAGAGCCAGAACGAGGGACGCAACUACAUCAACUAUGCCAGGGACUGCAGCCAGCACGAGAUCGGCUGAGACGUCCGACGACGAGAGUGAAGCUUGCAAGCAUCGUCAGAAGGGCAAAGAGUGUUUGCAAUGUGGAUGUGGAUGCGGGAGUUGUCAUCGCCCAGACAGAUUAUGCUCGAAACAGAGGGCUGAAGCGCGCGCCGGGAAGCGUAAGGCAGACGAUCCUGAUGUGAAGGUUGAGCCAUCUGCCAGCGAUGCGCAGCUCAGCCUGAUUCCAAGGCAGAAGAAGGCAAGGGUUCAAGAGUCAGUCGAUCCUGUUGUGAAGGUUGAAGAACCUGCUAUGCAGCUCAGAGAGUUGCCUAAGAAGAAGAAAAAGCCCAGGAAACGAGAGUCAGUGGGAUCGUGGUAUGACCCGAUUGAUGUGGAUUAG